UUUUAGGAGCUUCUACUCCCAGAGCUGAACCCAGCGAGCAGCAGCAUCCCGCGGCAGGUGAAAGCUGCAGCCCGGAGGAGGAGGCUCCGUGUCCGGGGAAGCUUCAGAGGUCGAAGGCUAAAAGCCGACGGAUGCGCACCGCUUUCACCCUGGAGCAGCUGCAGAUCCUGGAGCGCAGCUUCCAGAGGUGCCACUACCUGUCGGUGCUGGAGCGGCACACCAUCGCCUCGGCCCUGCGCCUCUCCGAGACCCAGGUCAAGAUCUGGUUCCAGAACAGACGCACCAAGUGGAAGAAGGAGCGGCUGCAGGGGAAGGAGGCAGAGGAGGAUCGCGGCUUCACAUCGUGCUUCUCCUCACAUCCUGCCGGCUGCUCACCUCUGACCUUCAAGCCUCUUUACUGCCAGCAGCGCGCUCCGCUCCAGCUGUUUGCGCCACUGCCGCUGGCGCCCUAUCAUCAUUAUUAUACAUGAUGCGUAAAGCUGCACUGAGCAUCUCCAGAAUAUGGCACUGUUAUCAUCAUGUAUCAUCAUCAAGUGCCGAACAGGACUGAGUUUAGGAAAGGAAAAUGGAUGAGAAACGUUAAAUAUGUUCUAAUGUAAUUAUGCUAUAACUUAUUUUGAUAAACAUUUUUUAUUGCAGUUGUUCUCGUUUGUUCCUUGUGUCUUAUUUCAUAUUGAUUUAACCCUUUACUUGCCCCGAGGCAACAGAAAGCCUUUUUGACCCUCACACAAGAUACAGUUUUUAAAUCCAGAUAACUUGUUGGAACAAAUACAAGCAUAAAUCUAAAGAAACAUAUAAAGACGUUUUAUUUUUUCAUUUCUUUCCAAACUGUGAUUUGAUUUAAGUUGUGCAGUUAGGCUCCAUGUUGGAGAUGCAUCAGUGUGAUGUAAAAUCAGGACUCUGUCUGGCAGUAAUGAAAACAGCUAGCCUACAUUUUAACAAGUAAAGACUUUGACCUACUGGUGGCGCUAUAGAGGAAAAGUCGCAGGAUCACCAAAGUCAUUGCUACACAAGUAUUGAAUUAUUACAUAGAGAAACAGGGGACCUCAUGUAUCUUCUAAAACAAGUUGCUUGUUUUCACCUAAAAUCUGAUCAAUAACAGGGUCCAGAUUUCAGAUAAAAGAGUCG